AUGCGUGGUUCCACCGAACUCGGCUCGCCUUCGCUGGCCCUCAAUGUCGAGGUGCUACGCAGCCCUUCUCUGCCCGACAGUGGCACUCCUCUUUGGGAUUCGAUGUCGUUACCCAGCAGCCCUUCGCUUAGAGCCCGUGUGCCUGACUCUACCAUGGACUUGAAUCGUUGGUCAAAACGUGGCUUCUCCGAGGAUCUCGCUUUGCCCCCUCGCCAGAUUGAGAAGCCUUUCCGCUUCUUGGAUUUACCUGCUGAGAUCAGAAACAUGAUCUACGAGCUUACCUUUGACCGGAUCGAUGUUUCCCUUUGUCGUAAUCGCAAUCUCUGGAACUGCUCUUGCUGCUGGGGUUGUUCCUGCCCCUGGAAUCAUUGCUGCCGUGCACAUCUCGGGUUUCUGAAGCGCCAGUACCAGCUUUCCCCAAUUGCUUCAGUCAGCAAAUCCAUUCGGACAGAAGCCAUGUCUCUUUACUUUGCUACUACUGAUUUUACUUGGUAUUGGGAUCCUUUGAGGGUACGCUGUCAUUACAACAACCACGGUCUUCCAACUGCCACCAAGUUCCUUGCGGACGUCAUGGAGUUCGCUGCAACCAAUGGCGUUCAGAUCAAAAGCGUCACCGUCCGUAGUCUCUGCAACUGCCACAAUCCCACUCAAUACUUGGCAAAGAUCGCUUCGUCUGUACGCUUCCUCGCGCCACUCCGAAAAUCUCUUGAUCUGACUGGUCGUGUGCAUCCGGCACUUCGCGAGUUCAAGUUCGCGGAGGAGAAUUCAUUGGCGCGUCGCAUCUUUAACUUUGCUGGUUCUCUUGAAUCGCCGAACCUCAAGAAGAUGAUGAUGACGAAUUCACAGCUCAGACUCUUCCUGCGCGCCGACCCAGAUGGAUCUGAACUGAUUCGUGCGAUUGAGAUACAAGAACGGGUCAACGCAUGCGAGGCUCAAAGACAAAAGAAAGAAGCAACAAGAAGGCAAAAUCAAGCCAAAGGACUUGAGAGAUGGAAUGGCGUUCUUCGCAGUCGUUCUGCCACAGAUUAG